GCAGGUCUGGACGGUUCGCCUUUUCCCAAGGCUUCCCUUCACCCCGGAAAACGCUGCAGAGUGUAGAGUAUUUGAAACCUCAAGGGACCAAGAUGUCAGCUCCUAACAAAGCUAUCAUUGAAGCAGAGAAGGAGGCUCUUAACCUGAAGUUACCCCCCAUUGUCCAUCCUUCAGAAAACAUGGGUGUUGACACACCAUAUCAGAGUAAACUGCUAACUUACAGAAGGUGCAAGGAGCAGCAGAAGAAAAUUAAUCAGCUAGUAAUUUCUGGAGCCAAAAUAAAUCUAGAGAAAACACUGGAAAAAAGGGUACCACCAUCACCAGAGCCUGAUUAUCCUCCAACUAUGACCAGUGAAAUUAAAAAAAAAGGACUCAACUACAUCUACAUGAAGCAGUGUGUGGAAAGUAGCCCAAUCGUGCCCAUUCAGCAGGAGUGGCUGGACCACAUGCUAAUGCUUGUCCCUGAGCACUUGAAGGAAGGGAAACAAAGACAAGAACUGCUUCAGAGCCUCAUAAGUGAGGUGGCGGCUGACUUUAAUAAAAGCAUGAAGAGGUAUAUGGUACACAGCGUUCUUGUGAAACCUCCAGUUAAAUGGCUCGAAGAUGAAGGAGGCCCUUUACCUGAACCUCCUGUAGGACUAGAUUAUUCCAAACCUUGGCAUGCUAGCUAUGUGCAAGCAAGAAAUCAAAUAGCAGCUAAUUUACACAUUGUUCACCCAAGUAUGAAAAUAUUACUGGAAUUUGGUUAUACAACGUUUGCUAAUACCACUUUGCUAGAUUUAACAGGAAUCAGAGCUAGAGGCCCAAUUGAUUGUGAAUCACUGAGGAAUGAUCUAUCAAUUCAAGCUAAAAAAGCAGAAGAGAAGAUCAUGAACACAUGGUACCCCAAGGUUAUCAAUCUGUUUACUAAGAAGGAAGCACUGGAAGACAUUAAGCCUGAAAAACUGGACUCCUUUUUCAGCUGUGUUUCCACACUCAUGUCGAACCAGCUAAAGGAUCUCUUACGGAGGACUGUUGAAGGAUUUGUAAACCUCUUUGACCCCAAACAUCAAGAAAGACUGCCGAUAUUUAAGAUGGAGUUGACAUUUGAUGAAGAUAGGAUGGAAUUUUACCCUACCUUUCAAGAUAUGGAAGAUGUAGUUUUGAGUUUGGUUGAGCGAAUAUCUGAAGCUCUGCAGAAUGUCCAAACAAUACCCUCUUGGCUAUCAGGAACUAUCUCCCCUUCCACUCUUGACACAGAACUUCCUGAGCACGUGUUACAGUGGGCUGUUAAUAUGCUGAAGUCAGCAGUACAACAGAACUUAGAAGGUGCAAAAAUGCAUUACGAGGAAUAUGUCACAAAAUACAAUUGGCUGCUUGAUGGGACUGCUGUGACCAUGGUGAAGGCUUUCCAGGAUGAAGAACAUACUUUUGAUGAGUACACACAGUUUAUAGAAAAAUUUUUCAGUCUUGCCUCAGAAAUCAUGCUCUUGCCUCAGUGGGUUCAUUUCCCCAUGGUGCGUCUGGAUUGUGAAGACUUGAAGAUAGGCCUGACAAACAAGGCAAAAGACUUUGCAAACAUACUGUUAAACAACAUUGCUUCAAAACACAAGAAAGAAAAUGAAGCCAUUUGCAGCGAAUUUGAAGCGAUUAAGGAGCAUGCAUUAAGAGUUCCUGAGACGACAGAAGAAAUGAUGGAGCUGAUAGCUUACAUAGAAAAAGCUCGGAUUUCCGGAAUCCAUGACUUAGCCCUGAGGAUCCAGGAAUCUAAACGCCAAAUGAGUUACUUUUUAGACGUUUUCCUGUUUUCUCAAGAAGACUUAAACUUAAAUGCAACUGUCCUCAUGUGGCCCAAGAAAAUUAACCCAAUUUUUGAUGAAAAUGAUGAGCUCAUUGAAAAUGCUAAACAUAGAAGAGAAAAUGAACUAAUUGCCAAGAGAGAGAAACUGAUUUUGGAAUUAGAAAAAGAGUCCCGCAGCAUGGAGGAGUUUAUGGAGUUUGCGGAGCUGGAGCGCAUGCAGCAGUACGUGACAGAUGUCAGACAGCUGCAGAAGCGCAUCCAGGAGUCGGAGGAAGCCGUGCAGUUCAUUAAUAAAGAGGAGGAGCUGUUCAAGUGGGAACUGACCAAGUACCCCGAGCUGGAUAAGUUGAAAGUUAACAUCGAGCCCUAUCAGAAGUUUUUUAAUUUUGUCUUGAAGUGGCAACGAACAGAAAAACGGUGGAUGGAUGGAGGGUUUUUGGACCUCAACGGUGAAAGCAUGGAAGCUGAUGUAGAUGAAUUUUCCCGAGAAGUGUUUAAGACCCUGAGGUUUUUCCAGACAAAGCAAAAGAAAGAAUUACAAGAAAAAAGAAAGGCAAGGAGACAGUCUACGGUGGAAGAGAGACCCGAAGAAGAAGUAAGGGAGAAUCCUACCAUUGCCAUGUGCACCACGGUCAUGGAGCAGAUCAAGGUUUUUAAGGACUAUAUUCCUACCGUUUCCAUUCUGUGCAAUCCAGGAAUGCGAGCUCGUCACUGGCAACAGAUGUCAGAAAUCGUAGGCUACGACUUGACUCCAGACUCUGGAACUACCCUGAGAAAAGUUCUGAAACUGAACCUGGCACCAUAUUUAGAAAAAUUUGAAACGAUAAGUGCAGGUGCCAGCAAGGAGUUUUCCUUAGAGAAAGCCUUGCAUGUAAUGAUAGGAACUUGGGACGAUAUUUCUUUUAAUAUCAAUCUAUAUCGUGACACUGGAGUCUAUAUUCUUUCUUCAGUGGAUGAGAUUCAGGCAAUCCUUGAUGAUCAAAUCAUAAAAACUCAGACAAUGAGAGGCUCACCUUUUAUCAAACCAUUUGACAAGGAGAUCAAGGCCUGGGAAGACCGUUUGAUUCGAAUCCAGGAAACGAUUGAUGAGUGGUUGAAAGUGCAAGCUCAGUGGCUGUACUUAGAGCCCAUCUUUUGCUCUGAGGACAUCAUGCAGCAGAUGCCUGAAGAAGGGCGUCAGUUUCAGACUGUGGACAGACACUGGAGGGACAUCAUGAGGUUCUGUGCUAAGGAUCCAAAGGUUCUUGCUGCUACAUCUUUAACAGGCUUACUGGAAAAACUUCAGAACUGCAAUGAUCUUUUGGAGAAAAUCAUGAAAGGGCUGAAUGCAUAUCUUGAAAAGAAGCGGCUUUUCUUCCCUCGUUUUUUCUUCUUAUCUAAUGACGAAAUGUUAGAGAUUUUGUCAGAGACUAAAGAUCCACUUAGAGUUCAACCACACUUAAAAAAAUGCUUCGAGGGCAUUGCUAAAUUGGAAUUCCUGCGCAACCUGGACAUUAAGGCCAUGUUCAGCUCUGAGGGUGAGCGGGUGGAGCUGAUUUCCCUCAUCUCCACAUCUGCGGCACGGGGGGCUGUGGAGAAGUGGCUCAUUCAAGUAGAAGAUCUAAUGCUGCGGAGUAUUCACGACGUGAUCGCUGCAUCCCGCCUGGCUUAUCCAGAAUCUGCAAGAAAAGACUGGGUCCGGGAGUGGCCUGGCCAGGUGGUGCUUUGUGUUUCUCAAAUGUUCUGGACUUCAGAGACACAGGAGGUGAUAAGUGGCGGGACAGAGGGACUAAGGAAGUAUUAUAAGGAACUCCAGCAUCAACUAAAUGAUAUUGUAGAGCUAGUGAGAGGCAAAUUGUCAAAGCAGACCAGGACUACCCUGGGGGCAUUGGUUACAAUUGAUGUCCAUGCCAGAGAUGUGGUAAUGGACAUGAUUGACAUGGGUGUCUCACAUGAUACAGAUUUCCAGUGGCUUGCUCAGCUCCGUUAUUACUGGGAAUAUGAGAAUGCUCGUGUGCGUAUCAUCAACUGCAAUGUAAAAUAUGCUUAUGAAUAUCUUGGCAACUCACCUCGACUCGUCAUAACUCCUUUAACUGACAGAUGUUACAGAACAUUGAUAGGUGCCUUCUAUUUAAACCUUGGAGGUGCUCCGGAGGGGCCAGCAGGCACAGGGAAAACAGAGACCACCAAGGACUUGGCUAAGGCUCUUGCUGUGCAGUGCGUGGUAUUUAACUGCUCCGAUGGGCUAGAUUACCUAGCCAUGGGAAAGUUUUUUAAGGGCUUGGCUUCCUCUGGUGCUUGGGCUUGCUUUGACGAGUUUAACCGGAUUGAGCUGGAAGUGCUGUCCGUGGUGGCUCAGCAGAUACUUUGCAUCCAGAGAGCCAUUCAGCAGAAGCUGGAAGUGUUUGUAUUUGAAGGCACAGAGCUCAAGCUUAAUCCCAACUGUUUUGUCGCUAUUACCAUGAAUCCUGGUUAUGCAGGACGUUCUGAACUACCAGAUAACCUUAAGGUUCUUUUUAGGACAGUGGCUAUGAUGGUUCCAAACUACGCCCUGAUUGCAGAAAUCUCCCUCUACUCCUAUGGGUUUCUGAAUGCAAAGCCUCUGUCUGUGAAGAUAGUGAUGACCUAUCGGCUUUGCUCAGAGCAGCUCUCGUCACAGUUUCAUUAUGACUACGGAAUGCGAGCAGUGAAAGCAGUUUUGGUGGCUGCUGGGAACCUAAAAUUAAAGUAUCCAGAUGAAAACGAAGAUAUACUACUUCUUCGAUCAAUUAAAGAUGUAAAUGAACCGAAGUUUCUGUCACAUGACAUACCCUUAUUUAACGGAAUAACUAGUGACUUAUUUCCUGGUAUCAAACUUCCUGAAGCUGACUAUCAUGAAUUCCUAGAAUGUGCGCAUGAAACCUGCAAAGCACACAAUCUUCAGCCUGUUAAAUUUUUUCUUGACAAAAUAAUUCAGACAUAUGAAAUGAUGAUCGUUAGACAUGGAUUUAUGUUAGUAGGAGAGCCUUUUGCUGCUAAGACCAAAGUUCUGCACGUGCUGGCUGACAUUUUGACCCUGAUGCAUGAGCGUGGCUAUGGAGAGGAGGAAAGGGUUACUUACAGAACUGUAAACCCCAAAUCAAUUACGAUGGGCCAACUUUUUGGACAGUUUGACCCAGUAUCUCAUGAGUGGACUGAUGGUAUUGUGGCAAACACUUUUAGAGAAUUUGCCUUAUCAGAAGCACCUGACCGGAAAUGGGUUGUGUUUGAUGGUCCGAUUGACACUUUGUGGAUAGAGAGUAUGAACACUGUAUUGGAUGAUAACAAAAAGCUUUGUCUCAUGAGUGGAGAAAUCAUUCAAAUGUCACCUCAAAUGAGCCUCAUCUUUGAAGCAAUGGACCUUUCACAGGCCUCACCUGCCACGGUCAGUCGCUGUGGCAUGAUUUAUUUGGAGCCCUCCCAGCUAGGGUGGAAACCACUCGUGUCUUCGUGGUUAGAUUCGCUGAACGCGCCUCUGAAUGAAUCAGAACAUCAAGCUCUGCUGAGAGGACUGUUUGACUGGCUGGUCCCACCCAGCUUAGCAUUUCGUAAGAAAAACUGCAAGGAGCUGAUUCCCACGAGCAACAGCAAUGCAGUCGUGUCGCUCACGCGCCUUUUCGAGGUGCUGCUCUGCGAUGUGGUAGAAUGUGAUCCCACCAGCAAGCACAUUCGUGUUUGGAUUAUGGCUUGCUUUAUAUUCUCGUUAGUUUGGUCCGUUGGAGGGAGCUGUGAUACAGAUGGCCGUGUCGCUUUUGAUCACUUUGUACGGUCCAUCAUAGCGGGGAAGGUUGAAGACAGCUCAAUACCACCUUCUGUGUCUAAAUGGGAAUGCCCAUUUGAAGAAAAAGGCCUGGUCUAUGACUAUACGUAUGAGUUGAGAAAUCGAGGUCGCUGGAUCCAUUGGCAUGAACUAAUUAAAAGUACUUCUGUAGAAGACAAAUGUACCAAGAUUCAAGACAUAAUAAUCCCUACAAUGGACACAAUUAGAUAUACAUUCCUCAUGGAUUUGAGCAUUACCUAUGCAAAGCCAUUGCUUUUAGUGGGUCCAACGGGCACAGGAAAAUCAGUGUAUGUGAAGGAUAAGCUUAUGAAUCACUUGGAAAAGGACAAGUACUUCCCUUUCUACAUGAAUUUCUCUGCACGGACCAGUGCCAAUCAGAUUCAGAACAUUAUUAUGGCUAGAUUGGAUAAAAGGCGCAAAGGAGUUUUUGGACCACCUAUGGGAAAGAAGUGUAUAAUUUUUAUAGAUGAUAUGAAUAUGCCUGCAUUGGAGAAAUAUGGAGCUCAACCUCCUAUUGAAUUAUUAAGGCAAUUUUUUGACUGUGGACAUUGGUAUGAUCUUAAGGACACAAGUAAAAUCACACUAGUUGACAUAGAGCUGAUUGCUGCCAUGGGCCCCCCAGGUGGUGGAAGAAAUCCGGUCACUCCUCGCUUUAUCCGCCAUUUCAACAUCUGCAGUAUUAAUUCAUUUAGUGAUGAGACUAUGGUCCGGAUCUUCUCCUCAAUCAUGUCGCUUUACCUUAGAACUCAUGGAUUUUCUCCAGAGUACUUUUCAAUAGGGAACCAAAUAGUCAGCGGGACCAUGGAGAUAUAUAAGCUAUCCAUGGAGAAUCUUUUGCCCACUCCUGCAAAAUCUCAUUAUACAUUCAACUUGCGUGAUUUUGCUCGCGUCAUCCGGGGUUGCUUACUCAUCGAAAGAGAUGCCGUGGAGUCCAAGCACACCAUGAUCCGCCUGUUUGUGCAUGAGGUUCUCCGUGUGUUUUAUGAUCGCCUCAUCAAUGACAUUGAUCGAUACUGGCUCUUCAGGUUAAUUAAAACUGUCAUAAAGGAUCAUUUUAAAGAAUCAUUUGAUGGUGUCUUCGCACACUUGAGGAAAGAGAAUGCGCCCGUAACUGAAGAGGAUUUAAGAAGUCUCAUGUUUGGUGAUUACAUGAAUCCUGACCUUGAAGGAGAUGAUAGAGUUUAUAUUGAAAUUCCAAACAUUCAGCAUUUUCAUGACAUUGUUGACCAGUGCUUGGAUGAGUAUAACCAAACUCACAAAACGAGAAUGAACCUUGUUGUGUUUAGGUAUGUGUUGGAGCAUUUAUCGAAAAUAUGUCGAAUUCUAAAGCAGUCUGGUGGAAAUGCUUUGCUUAUUGGACUGGGAGGAAGCGGCCGACAAUCUUUGACUCAUUUGGCUACAUCGAUGGCAAAAAUGCUUAUUUUUCAACCAGAGAUUUCUAAGAGCUAUGGUAUGAAUGAGUGGAGAGAGGAUCUAAAGGGUUUGCUGAGAAAUGUAGGUAUGAAAGGCCAGAAGACAGUGUUUCUCAUCACAGACACUCAGAUCAAAGAGGAAGCUUUCCUGGAAGACAUCGACAGUGUGCUCAAUACUGGAGAGGUGCCCAACAUCUUCGCAGCAGACGAGAAGCAGGAAGUGAUGGAGGGAGUUCGCCCGGUGGCUCAGGCUGGCAAUAAGCAUGACGAACUGAGCCCCUUGGCCCUGUUUGCUUUCUUCGUGAGCCGCUGCAAGGAUAACCUUCAUGUUGUGGUGGCCUUUAGCCCUAUUGGAGAUGCCUUUCGCAAUCGUUUGAGGCAGUUCCCAUCGCUCAUCAACUGCUGCACUAUCGACUGGUUUCAGCCAUGGCCUGAAGAUGCUCUUGAACGUGUAGCUGUGAAUUUCUUAGAAACACUGGAGCUUACUGAUAAUGAACGACAAGAGGUUGUUUCAAUAUGUAAAUACUUUCACACCUCCAUUAUGGAUCUUUCAGAAAGGUUCCUACAAGAGUUAGGACGACAUAACUAUGUGACAGCCACUUCUUACCUUGAACUUAUUGGCUCAUUUCGCCAGCUCUUGACUAAGAAACGGCAGACUGUCAUGGAAGCGAAACAGCGCUACGUAAACGGGCUUGACCAGUUAGCGUUUGCCGAGUCUCAGGUUGGCGAGAUGAAGCUGGAGCUAGUUGAGCUGCAACCCAAGCUGGAGGAUGCUAAGAUUGAAAAUGCCCGGAUGAUGCAGGUUAUUGAGAUAGAAUCUGCACAGGUGGAAGCAAAGAGAAAGUUCGUAAAAUUAGAUGAAGAGAUAGCCAGUGGGAAGGCCGAGGAGGCUCAAGCGCUGAAAAACGAGUGUGAGAAUGACCUAGCCGAGGCCAUCCCAAGUUUGGAAGCAGCUUUGUCGGCACUGGACACCCUCAAGGGAAGUGAUAUCACAAUUGUGAAAUCAAUGAAGAAUCCUCCAGCUGGUGUUAAACUCGUGAUGGCUGCUGUGUGUGUCAUGAAAGAUAUAAAACCAGAAAAAAUUUCAGAUCCUUCAGGAACUGGAGGCAAGAUAUUUGAUUACUGGGGACCUAGCAAAAAACUUCUGGGAGAUAUGAAUUUUUUAAGAGAUCUGAGAGACUAUGACAAGGACAACAUUCCAGUGACUGUAAUGCAGAAGAUUCGAAGUGAAUAUUUGACAAACCCUGAAUUUGACCCCCCUAAGGUUGCGAAGGCUUCUUCUGCAGCUGAGGGCCUGUGUAAGUGGAUCAUGGCCAUGGAGGUGUACGACAGAGUGGCCAAGGCUGUGGCUCCUAAGAAAGCACGCUUGGCAGAAGCUCAGAAGUCCUUAGGUGAGACAAUGGAGCUACUGAAUCAGAAGAGAAGUGAACUGGCAGAAGUAGAGCAUCAUCUGGAAAAUUUACAAAAGACAUUUAUUGAGAAAACAGUGGAAAAGGCUGCCUUAGAAGAUCAGGUGGAACUCUGUGCUAAGAAACUUGAAAGAGCCUCAAAACUAAUUGGAGGACUAGGUGGAGAAAAAUCAAGGUGGUCUCAAGCCGCAGAUGACCUUCAAAUAACCUAUGAAAACUUAACCGGUGACGUCUUGGUGUCAGCAGGAGUCAUAGCCUACCUCGGUGCUUUCACUUCUGGCUUUCGACAAACUUGUACAAAUGACUGGAGCAUGUUAUGCAAGGAGAAAAGAAUCCCAUGUUCAGAGGAGUUCUCAUUGAGUAAAACCCUGGGUGACCCAGUAAAAAUUAGAGCUUGGAACAUUGCUGGAUUACCAACAGAUACAUUCUCCAUAGAUAAUGGCGUGAUUGUUAACAACUCUAGACGAUGGCCUUUAAUGAUUGACCCCCAGGGUCAAGCCAAUAAAUGGAUCAAAAACUCUGAGAAAGAAAAUCAGCUUAAUGUCAUUAAACUAUCAGACGCUGACUACAUGAGAACAUUGGAAAACUGCAUUCAGUUUGGAACCCCACUUCUACUAGAAAACGUUGGUGAAGAACUGGACCCGUCUUUGGAGCCUUUGCUACUUAGACAAACUUUUAAACAAGCUGGCAUAGAUUGUAUCCGACUUGGUGAAGUCAUCAUUGAAUAUUCCUUUGAUUUCAAGUUCUAUAUCACCACAAAAUUAAGAAAUCCACACUACAUGCCAGAACUGGCAACAAAAGUGUCUUUGCUCAAUUUCAUGAUAACCCCAGAAGGGCUUGAAGACCAGCUACUGGGAAUCGUUGUUGCAAAAGAGAGACCAGAAUUAGAAGAGGAACGAAAUGCUCUCAUUCUUCAGUCGGCAGCUAAUAAGAAGCAGCUGAAAGAUAUCGAGACAAAGAUCUUGGAAACAUUAUCAUCGUCAGAAGGGAACAUUUUAGAAGAUGAAAGUGCCAUCAAAGUCUUAGACUCUGCCAAACUCAUGUCCAAUGAGAUAACAAAGAAACAGCAGGUUGCAGAAAAAACAGAGGUCAAAAUAGCAGAGUCCCGAGAAGGCUACAGAUCCAUUGCUAAGCACUCAUCAGUAUUAUUCUUCAGCAUUGCAGACCUCGCGAACAUCGACCCCAUGUAUCAGUACUCUCUCACCUGGUUCGUGAACCUUUACAUCAACUCCAUUCACGACAGUAAUAAAUCUAAAAUUUUGGAAAAGCGCCUACGAUAUUUAAAUGACCAUUUCACAUACAACUUGUAUUGUAACAUAUGCCGAUCGUUAUUUGAAAAGGACAAGUUGCUGUUUUCCUUCUUAUUAUGUGCCAACCUUCUUCUGGCGAAGAAAGAGAUUGAAUACCAAGAACUGAUGUUUCUUCUAACUGGAGGAGUGAGUCUGAAGAGUGCUGAUCCAAACCCGGAUCCAAGCUGGCUACAGGACAAAAGCUGGGAGGAAAUCUGCCGAGCCAGCGAAGUCCCUGUCUUCCAAGACCUCAAGAAGCAUUUUUGUGAAAACAUCCAACAGUGGCGGAAAAUCUAUGACAACAAAGAGCCGCAUAAUGCGAAAUUUCCAGAACCCAUGGAUAAGCAGCUAAACGAACUACAGAAAAUAAUAAUUCUUCGGUGCUUAAGACCUGAUAAGAUAACCCCAGCUAUAACAAAUUAUGUAACUGACAAAUUAGGCAAAAAGUUUGUAGAACCGCCACCAUUUGACUUGACGAGGAGUUAUUUGGAUUCAAACUGCACCAUUCCCUUAGUUUUUGUGUUGUCUCCAGGAGCAGAUCCUAUGGCUAGCCUGCUCAAAUUUGCAAAUGAUAAAUCUAUGUCUGGAAAUAAGUUUCAAGCCAUUUCACUGGGACAGGGCCAAGGGCCAGUUGCAGCCAAAAUGAUUAAGUCUGCAAUAGAAGAAGGUACUUGGGUGUGCCUGCAGAACUGCCACCUGGCUGUCUCCUGGAUGCCCACGUUAGAAAAAAUAUGCGAAGACUUUUCCCCUGAAGUCUGCAACUCAACCUUUCGGCUUUGGCUCACAAGCUAUCCAUCGCCAAAAUUCCCAGUAACAAUUCUACAGAAUGGAGUAAAGAUGACUAAUGAACCACCCACAGGUCUCCGGCUAAAUCUCCUGCAGUCAUACCUCUCUGACCCAGUUUCUGACCCUCAGUUUUUCAAGGGAUGUCCUGGCAAAGAGCUGGCAUGGGAGAAGUUGCUCUAUGGUGUUUGUUUUUUUCAUGCCCUUGUACAAGAAAGAAAGAAAUUUGGUCCUCUUGGUUGGAAUAUUCCAUAUGGAUUUAAUGAAUCAGAUCUACGCAUCAGUAUCCGACAACUACAGUUGUUUAUAAAUGAGUACGACACAAUUCCACUUGAGGCCGUCUCUUACCUGACUGGAGAGUGUAACUACGGGGGACGAGUGACAGAUGACUGGGACAGGCGCCUUCUGCUCACCAUGCUGGCUGACUUCUACAACCCGCUCAUUGUUGAAAGCCAGCAUUAUAGGUUUUCUCCCAGUGGAAACUAUGUUGCACCUCCCAAAGGCACUUACGAGGACUAUAUUGAAUUCAUUAAGAAACUUCCCAUGACUCAGGAACCAGAGAUAUUUGGAUUACAUGAAAAUGUUGACAUCUCCAAAGAUCUCCAGCAAACGAAAAUUUUGUUUGAGUCUUUGCUCCUCACCCAGGGAGGCUCCAAGCAGACAGGAUCCUCAGGAAGUGCAGAUCAGAUGCUGUUGGAAAUUGCCGAAGACAUACUCAACAAUCUUCCACGUAACUUUGACACUGAAACAGCACUGCUGAAAUAUCCAGUGAGGUAUGAAGAGAGCAUGAACACCGUGUUAGUACAGGAAAUGGAGCGAUUUAACAAUCUAAUCAGAACUAUACGGAAUACUCUCCAGGACCUUAAAAAGGCCAUUAAAGGUUUGGUUGUAAUGGAUUCUGCAUUAGAAGCACUUUCAAGUAGUUUACUUGUUGGGAAGGUUCCAGAAAUGUGGGCCCAACGAUCAUACCCAAGCCUCAAGCCCCUAGGAAGUUACAUAACAGAUUUUCUAAAUCGGUUGAGCUUUUUACAGGACUGGUAUAACUUAGGAAAACCCUCCGUGUUUUGGCUGUCAGGUUUCUUUUUCACCCAAGCCUUUUUAACUGGAGCUAUGCAGAAUUAUGCCAGAAAGUACACCAUACCUAUUGAUUUACUAGGAUAUGAAUUUGAGGUUAUUCCUUCUGACAACUCCGAUGAAUCCCCAGAAGAUGGCGUUUAUAUCCACGGACUCUACCUUGAUGGAGCACGCUGGGAUAGGACCAGUGGAUUGCUUGCUGAACAAUAUCCCAAGCUUCUGUUUGAUCUGAUGCCCAUCAUAUGGAUAAAACCAACUCCAAAGUCUCAGAUUCUGAAAUCAAGUGCCUAUGUCUGUCCCCUCUACAAGACAAGUGAACGGAAAGGAACUCUUUCCACCACAGGACACUCUACUAAUUUUGUCAUUGCAAUGUUGUUAAAAACGGAUCUGCCAUCCCAACACUGGGUCAAGCGUGGUGUGGCGUUGCUAUGUCAAUUGGAUAACUAA